GCAGGACGAGUGUGUUUGCUGGGCGUGGGCUAACGGUUAUGGGCCCUAGCCGGCUCCGUGCGGCCCGCGCGCGCUGUCGCGCCCAAAGAGUGGGCCACGCCGGCCUUUCCGUGGGAGCAGCCUGUACAUUGUGAUUGCGCCUUUCCCCGUGCCGGGCGAGGUGAGAAGGCGGUGGCCGGGCCCGAGGAGGAGGGAGGGGACGGAGCGUGACAGCCCUGGGCGCCGCCCCCUCGGCGCCGCAGGUCCGCGGCCCGGCGACCCGGAGGCACUGGGGUCGGGCCGCCGGGAAGACGGCGCGCGUGCCCCUCCUUGGAGAGAGCGGAGCCACCGGGGCCGACGGCGCUUUUGGAUCCCCUGCAAGGCAGGAAGGAGGGCGGGACGGGGACAGCGAGCCCGACGUGGACCCGCUCGUGUCUCUCCUAGUUAGAAAUAGUCCUUGGGGAAGAUGGAAGGGGAGAAGCGGCCGGCGCCCUACGAGGGCCUGUUUGCGGACGGGCACCUGGUCCUGUGGACGCUGUGCUCGGUGCUGCUGCCCGUGUUCAUCACCUUCUGGUGCAGCCUCCAGCGGUCGCGCCGGCAGCUGCACCGCAGGGACAUCUUCCGCAAGAGCAAGCAUGGGUGGCGCGACACGGACCUGUUCAGCCAUCCCACCUACUGCUGCGUGUGCGCGCAGCACAUCCUGCAAGGCGCCUUCUGCGACUGCUGCGGGCUGCGCGUGGACGAGGGCUGCCUCAAGAAGGCCGACAAGCGCUUCCACUGCAAGGAGAUCAUGCUCAAGAAUGACAGCAAGGCCCUGGACGCCAUGCACCACCACUGGAUCCGGGGCAACGUGCCCCUGUGCAGUUACUGUGUGGUUUGCAAGCAGCAAUGCGGCAGUCAACCCAAGCUCUGCGAUUACAGGUGCAUUUGGUGUCAGAAAACAGUACAUGAUGAGUGUAUGAAAAAUAGCUUAAAGAAUGAACAGUGUGAUUUUGGAGAAUUCAAAAACCUCAUCAUUCCACCAAGUUAUUUAACCUCCAUUAAUCAGAUGCGUAAAGACAAAAAAACAGAUUAUGCAGUGCUAGCGUCUAAGCUUGGAAAGCAGUGGACUCCAUUAAUAAUCCUGGCCAACUCUCGUAGUGGAACUAAUAUGGGAGAAGGACUGCUGGGAGAAUUCAGGAUCCUCCUAAAUCCCGUACAGGUUUUUGAUGUUACUAAAACUCCCCCUGUCAAAGCCCUGCAACUUUGUACUCUUCUUCCCUAUUACUCAGCUCGAGUCCUUGUUUGUGGAGGGGAUGGGACUGUGGGCUGGGUCCUGGAUGCAGUUGAUGAAAUGAAGAUUAAGGGACAAGAGAAAUACAUUCCACAAGUUGCAGUCUUGCCUCUGGGAACAGGCAACGAUCUAUCUAAUACCUUGGGUUGGGGUACAGGCUAUGCGGGAGAAAUCCCAGUCGCACAAGUCUUAAGAAACGUGAUGGAAGCAGAUGGAGUUAAACUAGAUAGAUGGAAAGUUCAAGUAACAAAUAAAGGAUACUACAACUUAAGAAAACUCAAGGAAUUCACAAUGAACAACUAUUUUUCUGUUGGACCUGAUGCUCUUAUGGCCCUCAAUUUUCACGCUCAUCGUGAGAAGGCACCAUCUCUGUUUUCUAGCAGAAUUCUUAAUAAGGCUGUUUACUUAUUUUAUGGAACCAAAGAUUGUUUAGUGCAAGAAUGUAAAGAUUUGAAUAAAAAAGUUGAGCUAGAGCUGGAUGGUGAGCGAGUAGAACUGCCGAAUUUGGAAGGUAUUAUCGUUCUGAACAUUGGCUACUGGGGCGGUGGCUGCAGACUGUGGGAAGGGAUGGGAGAUGAGACUUACCCUCUAGCCAGGCAUGAUGAUGGUUUACUGGAAGUUGUUGGAGUAUAUGGGUCUUUCCACUGUGCUCAGAUUCAAGUGAAACUGGCAAAUCCUUUUCGAAUAGGACAAGCACAUACAGUGCGGCUGAUCUUGAAGUGCUCGAUGAUGCCAAUGCAGGUAGAUGGGGAGCCAUGGGCCCAGGGGCCCUGCACUGUCACCAUAACCCACAAGACACACGCGCUGAUGUUAUAUUUCUCUGGAGAACAAACAGAUGACGACAUCUCUAGUACUUCAGAUCCAGAGGACACAAAGGAAACUGAGGGGAGUGGCCAAAGAAAGAAAAGAAAAGAAAAGGAAGUUACAGGUUUAAAGCUGGAUGGUUCACCAACUUCUCUUUUGAUUAAAAGACAGUGUCAACAAUUCAAAAAAAUGUACUAAAGAAAAUUUACCAGUCAGAUUAAUUGCCCAAAAAAGUUCAGUGGUAAUUGAUAAGUUUUAAAAAUUUAGUGGUCUGGUAGUAUUUUGAAAUAUAGUAGUCUUUUAUAUCCAAAGUACUUAACAGAAUUUCCCCUUGGGGAAGUGGAUAUAGAAUCCUCUGCUAAAAUGUUUAUAUCAUAUUUAUUUUAAAAUAAGAGAUAUAUUUUUUUUACUUAUUUAUUUUCUUCAUCGUCGUAUACCUGUGUUUAGUGUUUACAAUAUAUUGCUUUAUUUAAUAAGUUAAAUUGAUCACAUAAAUUCUGCCGCUCACAAUCAGAAGUGUAGCCUAAGUAAUAGUUGAAACCCAUGGUUUAAUUCUCCUGACAGAUGCGUUACGUAGAUAUUCUCACUCCUCAGAAAUAUGCCGAGGGUGCUCCUCUGCUGCUUCCCAGCCUACUCCCUCCGGCCCUGCCGUGGGGCCGCCCCAGGGGGCCUCCAGCCUGCUGUUUUAGGACACGUGGCCCAUUCGUGGGUCUGGUGGUCUUUUAUGACAUUAAUCUCUGAAGGAUUGGAAUGUAUCCCCCCAAACACCGUUAGCUCCCCUUAAGGGUCUAUUAUGAAUCUGUCACCUAUUAUGAAUUGCCAGAAACUUAAAUUUCAGUCACCUUCAGGCCCAGGCCAUGUUUUGAAGGAACAACUAAGUAGUGUAUACAGUAGUCAGUACAUUACAUUAGAAUGCUUUUAUUUUGCUUAAAUUAACCUCUUCCAGAUCUCAGUGGGAGCAGCUAAAUUCUAGUAUUCUUAAGAUUUUGUGGGCAGAGCUGUUUCCACCUUAUUCAUAUACCAUUCAUGGUAGGUUACCUAUUGCGGUGGUGGGAGAGUUUGUAGAUUUUCUUUCAAGGGGCUGAUCAUGUUUUGAGUAUAAUGAGCUUCAUUGUUUAAUUCACGGUCAAAAUUGUUACAGAUACCACAUUUUACAAAUAUACUGUUAAAUUCACUUUAGGCUAUAUCUUAUCUAUAAUUCAUAGUGCUAAUUAUAGAAUCAAAGUAAAUAUGGGAUAUCAAAUUAAAAUAAUCAAAAUAACUUACCGCUUUUUUAAUUUUUAAAACUGUAACUAUAAUGUUACAUUUGAUUUAGAACAGAUUUAUAUACAACACCGUUUAUUUAAAAACAAAUUGUUUUUUCAGUUUUCAUAAUCCAGUGAAGUUUUUUCCCUGCUUGACCCUUCACAAAGUUUAUCUGUUACUGUAUUCACUCAUUUAGACUUAAUUUUUAUUUAGGAAAGUUAUUUCAGAAUACCAUAUCAUAAAACAUACUAUCUUAUUUUUUUUUAAUUCACUAACUUUUUAGGCACAUUUACUCAGCAUUUCAAAUAAAUGUGUAGGCAUGUGCCUUGUUUUAAAUAAGUACAAUUUAUAAGACUCAUGUUUGCAAGUUAUAUUUUAGGGUAGCAGUUGUUGACAUUACCAGGGAUUCCACACUUUAUAAAACAUAAUUUGCCACAGGAUUUUUCUGUUCCAUUUUAAACUGUCUUGAUUAAAAAAAAAAAAAAGUCUAAAUUCUCAGGAAGAAGUGUAGUAAAGCAUGUCUUCAUGUCUGUUUUCAGAUUUCUGUCAUCUUUUACUGCUCUAAUACAUUCCUAACUCCUCGCUAGCUUAAAUACUGAAUACCUGGCAGCUCUUAGGGAUCCCAUAAAUAGAUGGAGAUAAUUUUCAGUGCUUUGUUAGUUUAACAGAAAUCAAACUGACUUGUGUUUUAAAAUACAAGUUGUCUAAUGGUAAGAUUGCAUGAUCUUAAAUGUGUUUUAGGUUUUCUGCAACAAUUAGCUGUGAACCCUUAAUGUAGCUAAUGUUUAUAAAAUUUUAUAGUCAAAAUUAUUUAUUUUUAUUUUUUUAGGGUGUGUCGAAAAACAUGUAGUAUUUGCUUUUUGAAAUAUGUUUGCCUACUUAGAGUUGGAAAAUAUACUGUGACUCAAAUUGUAAACAGUUCUUUUUGUGCUGUGAAAAUGAAUACUACCAGUAUGUCAAAAGAAAAAUAGUGCGCGUUUGUAAUAUAAAGUAAAAUUGUAUUUCACGUAUAUUAUGGAAUUUUAAAUUUGCGCUAACUUAGAACACUUUAAAGGUGAUGUUAAAUUACAGAUUCAUGUGGAUCUGAAUACGUAAUUUGUACUUGUUCAGCCGAAAAGGUCAGUAGAGUGGGUGAUAGCUUUGUGUGGUUUUUCCCUCAAAAUGAUAACACUGAAACAAGAACCAGCACUUUAUAGUCAGGCUUUUUAAAAAUUCUACCUAGGGCUUCCCUGGUGGCGCAGUGGUUGCGCGUCCGCCUGCCGAUGCAGGGGAACCGG